UAUAAAGGACACGUUCUAUACCUAAAAUUGGAACAACAAUCUCUGAAAUAUUGUGAACCAAAGGUGUAAUUAAUUCAAUAAUAUCAAUACUAUUAUGGAUAAAUUAAACACAUCUUCAAACACAUCAUCAACUAGCUGGUUAUCUAAUAUGCUCUUUGAAGAAAUUGACAUAGAGGGUUGUGGUGAUUUGUUUCAACAAUGUGAACAAAAUUUGUUUGGUGUUGAAGAAUUUCUUACACAUGACAUAGCAAGUGUUCUUCAACAAGAUGAAAUUUUACUAGAACAAUCUGAAAGCUAUUCUAUGGAAAGACCAAACAAAAAGUUGAAACCAAACACUAUUUUGCAAGAUGUUUCCCCUGUUUCUUCUCCUUCUUCAACAACUUCUCAGAUUCUGUCUUUUGACUGUACCUUAAACACUACAAAACAGAACGAGGUUGUUCCAUUGUCAUCACAAAAACAUGUUCAAUUACCUCAAAAUCGAGGGAGUAAGAGGUCUGUGGCACAUAAUCAGGACCACAUCAUAGCUGAGAGAAAGAGAAGAGAGAAACUUAGCCAAUGCUUAAUUGCUCUAGCUGCUCUUGUUCCUGGUUUGAAGAAGAUGGACAAGGCUUCAGUCCUAGGAGAUGCAGUAAAGUAUGUGAAAGAGCUUCAAGAACGUUUGAAGGUAUUAGAGGAAAAGAACAAGAAUAGUAAUAGUACUAGUCCUGUUGAGUGUGUAGUGACAAUGAAUAAUGGACCACAACUAAGUUACGAUUCAUCAAGCAAUGAUGAAUCUGAAGCUGAAGCUGGUAGUGGUAAUAAUGAAGUUCUUGAACCCCAUGUGGACGCAAGAAUCUUGGACAAGGACGUACUCAUAAGGAUUCACUGCAAAAAGCAAAAGGGUCUUUUGCUCAAAGUAUUGUUUGAGAUUCAAAAGCUUAAUCUCUUUGUUGUUAAUAGCAGUGUCCUACCUUUUGGGGAUUCUAUCCUUGACAUAACCAUCGUUGCUCAGAUGGGAACGGGGUACAAAUUGACAAGAAAUGGCCUUAUAAAAAGCCUACGCGUGGCUGCAUUAAGAUACAUGUCAUAAUAUGAACGAACUUGUGGUCCAAGUAGUGGGUACAAUGCAACAAUAAUAAUCAUAAAUAAAUCUAUAAUCAUACUUCUAUUAUGAACGUACACAACAAUUACCAACUCAUAAUCCAAUUCAAAUGGUAAUGGAAAAUCUGAAUCAACCAAUUAUAUUUCGACACGUGACUUUGUGGUCCUACAAGAUAUUGACUUUCUGAAGGAUAGAGGUCCAUGGCAUGAUCCGUUGAUUAAGCCAUGCUCCUUGUGUUGUGGUGUGGUCUCAUUUUCUGUCUCAUUAUAUGUAUUGCCUUGUGUAUUUUUAGUAUUGCGGAUAUUUUUUCUUCAUUUUGUGUACAUUUUUGAGGUAACAUGAAUAAAAUUAUGAAGAGAUUCGUACGUAUUCAUAUA